AUGACCUUUUCCCAGUCUUUCGAGUUUGGUAAUAGUACAUUUAUGAAGUUAGAAAGUGAAGCAAAUCAUGCUAUACAAGAUGAAGAAAAUUCCGCAAAUAAAGCUUUAGAUAUUAUUCUGGAAUCACCCACGGCAUCGAAAUCAACAAACAAAUCUUUGUGUAGAAAUAGAUCUCGUGUUUUACAAACUGCUACACAAAAUCAUAAAACUGAAGUUUCCUCACAUCAUCGAAAAUUAAGGAGAAGCAAAUCCGACUCUACCUUACCUAAAGCACCAGCAGCUGAUAAUGACACAGUCAAUUACUCAGAAUUCUUUCGAAGCGAUUUUCCAUUACAAAAUGAUAUUACUAAAGAAAAACAAAUCUCCGGUGAACAUAAAAAUAAAUCCGUUUUAAGAGUAUCCCAAAUAGAAGCAGCAUUUAAUAACAUAGACCAUAUAGAUUACUCCGAAAAAGAUGUAAUUGAUAAUGAUGUUGAAAACUCUUUUGAAAAACCAAUAUUUUCGGAAGACCUAAAAGGUCUAUUAGAAACUGAAGAAGAUGAUAAUAUAUGGCAAGAUUCAUUACCAUUGUCUGUAAUAGCUAAAUUUGAUGAAAAUGUUUACGACCCCCCUGAAAUUCUUCAUGAAAUAAGCAGUUUUAUUUGUCCUCCCAAGGAUAAUAACACUUUAAGAAAUCAGCUUUUAAAUAAAGAAUUAGAAAUUAGUCAUCGAAUUUUUAAGGAAUCUCAACAACCACAGGAUAAUUUAUCAGAACGUAAUAUAAGUUUAAGUUGUAUGUCUCCCGAUCAACUGAAAUUUACUCAAGAAUCUUCUCCCAAUAUGAAGAUCGACAAAAUUCCAACCGAUAAUAUACAAAAUAAAGUGGAUACUAAUGUCUCCAAAGCGAAUAGUAAUAUAAAGAAUGCAGCAGGCAAAAAUAAGGAGUCUAAAGUAAAUGAUUCUAAAGAUACCGAAAAAGCUAAAGCAAUCGAAAUUUCAACCGAUAAUUUAGAGGCAUUGAAAAGUAUUAAAGCGUGGAAUUUGCCUUUGAGUAUCUUAGCAGAGUAUGAACGAAAAGGAGUUAAGAAAAUGUUUGACUGGCAAAUACAGUGUCUUAGUAAUCCAAAAGUUCUUUUUGAACAUUGUAAUCUCGUAUAUUCCGCUCCUACUUCGGCCGGUAAAACUUUGGUUAGUGAAAUUUUACUUCUGAAAACUGUGCUUGAACGCGGUAAAAAAGUUUUGCUUAUUUUACCUUUUAUUUCUGUGGUACGUGAAAAGAUGUUUUAUUUGCAAGAUUUAUUAACAGCUGCCGGGUAUCGUGUAGAAGGUUUUUUUGGUGGUUAUACGCCACCAGGAGGUUUUGAUAGUAUUAAUGUGGCCAUAUGUACUAUAGAAAAAGCCAAUUCUAUUGUCAAUAAAUUAUUGGAACAGGGAAAACUAAAUGAAAUCGGCACAGUUGUUGUUGAUGAAGUACAUUUAAUAUCGGACCCAGGAAGAGGUUACAUUUUGGAAUUGCUUUUGGCUAAAAUUUUGUACAUGUCUCGAAAAUAUGGUUUACAAAUCCAAGUCAUUACUAUGUCUGCCACAUUGGCCAAUGUUGAACUAUUGAAAAAGUGGUUGGAUGCUGAAUUAUAUAUUACUGACUUUCGUCCAGUGGCUUUGCAAGAAAUGAUAAAAAUUGGCAAUAAAGUCUUUGACAAUAAUUUGAAAAUAUUACGUUCUAUUACGGAGCCGUCGAUAAGUGUCAAGGAACCAUUUCCUAUACUACAAAAUGACUCGGAUCAUGUGGCCCAAUUAUGUGUUGAAACAUUAGUAGAUGGCUGUUCUGUAAUCGUAUUUUGUCCCUCAAAAGAUUGGUGUGAGAAUUUAGCCACACAAUUAGCAGGAGCUAUACAUGCAUUAGGAAAACAAGGUGGUGAAUGGGGAACUAGAUUAAGGACUCAAAUAAAUCGUCAAGCUAUUGAUAACGUCAAACAACAAUUAAGAGACAUACCAACAGGAUUGGAUUCGGUUUUGGACAAGUGUAUAACAUAUGGAUGCUCUUUUCAUCAUGCUGGCUUAACAACCGAAGAAAGAGAUAUUGUGGAGGCAAGUUUUAAAUCGGGAGCUUUAAAAGUUAUUGUAGCUACCAGCACCUUAAGUUCUGGUGUUAAUUUACCAGCUCGUCGUGUUUUAAUAAGAUCCCCCUUGUUUGGAGGCAAACAAAUGAGUUCUCUCACAUAUCGACAAAUGAUUGGUCGAGCUGGAAGAACUGGAAAAGAUAUAUUAGGAGAAUCUAUUUUAAUUUGUACGGACAGUAAUGCUCGUAUAGGUAAAGAAUUAAUUACUGCCGAUUUAAGACCCAUAUGCUCCUGCCUCGAUCUUGACAGUAGCACACAUCUUAAACGUGCCUUGUUGGAAGUUAUAUCUUCAGGUGUAGCUACCAGCAAGGAAGAUAUUGAAAAUUUUGUUAAUUGUACUCUAUUGAGUGCCCAAAAGAAAUUAUCAAUUCAAGAAAAAGAGCAAAGUCAACAUGAAUCCACUGAUAGCGAUUUCAUUAGUGGAGCUUUGGAUUUUCUGAUUGAGUAUGAGUUUAUACGUUUACAAAAUAAUGAGGAAACUCAAGAACAACAUUAUGUAGCCACACGUCUAGGCAGUGCUUGUUUGGCUUCAUCAAUGCCUCCGACAGAUGGUUUAAUAUUAUUUGCAGAAUUGCAAAAAGCAAGACGUUGUUUUGUUUUGGAAUCUGAAUUGCAUGCCGUUUAUUUGGUAACUCCUUAUUCGGUAUGCUACCAACUACAGGAUUUGGAUUGGCUUUUAUUUCUCGAUAUAUGGGAGAAAUUAACACCGGCAAUGAAAAAAGUCGGAGAAUUGGUAGGCGUAAAAGAAUCGUUUUUAGUAAGAGCCAUGAGGGGUCAAACCAAAUUGGACUAUAAGUUAAUGCAAAUUCAUAAAAGAUUUUACACUGCAUUGGCUUUGCAAGAGCUGGUCAACGAAAAUCCCAUUAAUGUGGUGGCAAUUAAGUAUAAAUGUACACGUGGAAUGCUGCAAAGUUUACAACAAAUGGCCUCAACUUUUGCUGGUAUUGUUACUUCGUUUUGCAAUUCAUUGCAGUGGGAUACACUUUCAUUGAUCGUAUCGCAAUUUAAAGAACGCUUAUAUUUUGGUAUACAUCGAGACUUAAUUGAUUUAAUGCGUUUACCAGAUCUAAAUCAUAAAAGAGCUAGAGUACUAUUCGAUGCAGGAGUUACAUCGUUGGUUGAAUUGGCUAGUGUGGAUAUUUUAAAUAUUGAGAAAAUUCUGUAUAAUUCUUUAAGUUUUGAUUCAGCGAAAAAGCAUGACAAUGAAAAUGACGUUGAAGCCGCUAAACGUAAUGAAGCAAGAAAUUUUUUUAUAACUGGUAAGGCAGGUCUUACUGUAGCUGAAGCUGCAAAAUUACUAGUUCAAGAGGCUAGAAAAUUCGUACAGUACGAAAUAGGUGUGGGUAAUAUUAUGUGGUCUCAAACUGUUUGUGAAGAUGACAAAGGAAACAGUAAGAAUGAAAAUGAAAUGCACAUGUCUUAUGAAGAAAAUAAAUUUCAAAACGUAAUGGUCAAAUAUAAUUUGGAUCAAACCAGACAUGAGGCCAACGAUAAUGAAAAUAUUCAUCAAGGAAAAAAGAAAAGUACCGCAGAAAUUAAAAAUGUUAAAGACAAAACAAAUCCACUAAAACCAUUUGAAAAUAAGGAAACCGUAUGUAACAAGGUAAUGUCAAGUAAGAAUAAGGAGCAAACACUUAAUGAAGAUCGAAUUGUAUGUGACACGAACUUUAAUUUAAAUAAUAAUAAAAAGGUUCAUUCAGUAGAAGAAAUGAAACAAACAGCUAAUCUCCACACAACGGAAAAAAUUACAAAUCUCAUUAAUGAAACUAUUCGUAUGUCAUUCAAAGAAGAUAUUUAUCCAUCUAAACCUCUAAGAGAGAAACAUGAAGAUGCCAUUAUACAAAUUUCAAAGGUUAAUACCAAUGAAAAUGAUUUAACAUUUGAAGACGAUUCAAAGUUCCUCAAAGUCAUAGAAUGUAUUGGGAACAGGACAAAGAACAAAAAUGAAAUAAUUAAAUACGAUAAAGAAAGAACACCUCCUAAAAUAACAAAAAAGAUAACAAACAGUAAAAUGGAAGUCAUUGUUACGGAAACAAAAGCAACCCCAACUAAUAAAGCUGUAACAAACACUACAGGAAUCCGAAAAUCUUCAGAACAAUUAAAAGAUUCAGUCGUUAAUCCUCCCAAUGUAAUAAAAACUUCAGUUCCUAAUAACAAUAACAAUCCUGGUGAGACAGCAGAAAAACCUAGUACAAGUAAAAAAGCUCUAAGAUUGUUAAGAGCCAAACAACUGUCUGAAAUGAAAAAGCAAGAAUGGACAAAAAGAAGGGAUCUACAACAAAAUCAGUUAGCGAAUUCACCUGAAACCAAAAUAAUAAAAUCCAAAACACUCAAGAAUUUUGAUAAAAUUAUAGAUAACUCAAAUAAAUCUACGCCAAAAACUCCCUUGCUAGAACAAAGUAGCAACAAAAAAUUUCAAAAUAUAACAAAGAACACUCCGAUCACUCCCAAAUCGAUAUAUAAUGCAGAAAAACAGGAUACACCAAAAUUGCCCAGAAGAAGUCCACGUAACCAUUUAAUAAGCUCUACCAGAAUAGAAGAGCAAACUAAUAUAGCAAAGUCUAAAACGGCAGUAAAAUGUCCUGAAAAUGAUAUAUUUGGAAAUGAAAAUGAAGAAUCUUUUACCAUCAACACCGGCAUUAAAGAAGCUCUAAAUGCAGCAGACAAUUUUAAGAGACCAUCUAUUCCGGAAUAUAAAAACAACUCACCAGAUGAUGAAAUACCAAGUUCACAACAGCUGGUGGAAGACCUGCCUGCUAAUAAAACAAAUUCACCUCAUGCUUCGCGAUUUUUAAGAUCUUUACGUGCUACACAAAAAAUACACAGUCCGAAAACUAUACCUGCAACAGAAGUUUCCAAAUGUCAAAAACUAAAGAAUAUCGAGUGGCCUUUAGAACCUCCCUCCUCUACCAGCAUAGAGUUCUCCGAUCUUUACAUGGAAAAUUCUCUUAUAAAAAAUCCAAUUCAACUAAAUGCCUCACACAUUCUCAGCUGCUCAAAAGUUGAUACUGAAUCAUCUUCAUUCAAAUCUCUCGAUAUUAUUGACAUUUGCGGAGAUCAGCAACUUUUUAAGGCAGCAUUUAAGGAAUUCAUGGCAAAUAAACGUUUGGGAUUUUGUUUAGGCAUCCAACAGCAAUGUGGAAAACGUAAACCCAUAAUAGGAGCAAAUCUCUUGCUAAAUCAAGUGGCUGCAGCAGAAAAAGAAAAUGAACCCACCAAAUCAUAUGAAUUUCAACUUGAUGAUACCAAUUAUUUAGCUGGUGUUGGAUUUUGUAUGUCGGAAAAUGUAGUUUAUUAUAUGAACAUGCAACAGGAAGGAUCUUGCAAAGGAUUGACGGGAGAAAUUAAGUGUAAAUAUUUACGCAUGAUGUUAAGAUCAUCGGAACAUACUUUGCUUGUUUAUGAUGCUAAAGAACAAAUGAAGAUUUUGCGUAAAAUUUUAAAGGACAUUGGAGAAAUAUCUGUAGCUUUGGAAGAUCCAAAAGUGGCCAAUUGGCUUUUACAACCUGAUAAAAAUCAUAAUUUACAUAGUUUGGCCCAACAAUUUGCUCCAGAAUGUUCGUCUUUGGUUAAUUUGUGUGGCAGUGGUCGCGGCUACAAUAGUUAUGGCCUGGAUUCGGACAGUGCUAUUUUAGCUAAGGUUAGAUCAUCAAUAGAAGCAUGUGUUGCAAUUCACAUAUUAAAAGGACAAAUAGAAAAUCUCGAACGGAUUGGUACGGGACAAUUGCAAAAGUUUUUUACUGAACUCGAAAUGCCUUUACAGAUGUGCCUAUGCAAUAUGGAAGAUGUGGGUUUUCCCACCAGCUCGGAGGCUUUGCAUAAAUUAUUUCAGCAAAUGGUUGAUUCCAUGAAGAAACUGGAAACUAAAAUAUAUGAAAUGCAUGGCUCAAGAUUUAAUUUAGGCUCAUCUUCAGCUGUAGCCAGGGUUGUAGGCUUACAUCGUAAAUCAAAUGGCCGCAUCAGUACUUCCAAACAGAUUCUCGAAAAAAUCGACUCACCUAUAUCACAAAUGAUAAUUACGUAUCGUAAAUUAAGUGUAGCCUUAACAAAAAACAUACAACCCUUGUUAAAAUGUGUAAAAGAUGAAAGAAUCCAUGGGCAAAGCAUUACUUUUACAUCUACUGGUCGGAUAUCUAUGAUUGAACCAAACUUACAAAAUGUUGCAAAAGAUUUUGAAGUCGAAAUGAGUUCAGAAAAAAUUACAAUAUCAUGUCGUAGUGCAUUUUUCCCCGCCGAUGCAAAACGAUGUUUAAUAUCUUCAGAUUUUUGUCAAUUAGAAAUGCGCAUUCUGGCGCAUUUAUCACAAGAUUCGUCACUAUUGCAUGUUAUGAAAUCUGAAAAAGAUGUUUUUGUAGCGAUAGCUGCACGAUGGAAUAAAAUAUCCGAACAAAGUGUAACCGAGCAACUACGAAAUGGUACGAAACAGAUAUGUUAUGGCAUUGUUUACGGCAUGGGUAUGCGUGCAUUAUCUGAAGGACUCAAAUGUACCGAACAAGAAGCCAAACUUGUAUCAGAGCAAUUUCACGCUGCUUAUCCGGGUAUUAGAUCAUAUACAGAAAAAGUUAUAAAAUUUGCUAGAAAUAAUGGUUAUAUUGAAACGAUAACUGGCAGAAGACGUUAUUUGGAAAACAUAAGUAGCGGUGAAACAUUAAUAAAAAAUCAAGCUGAACGACAAGCCGUCAACUCUACUAUACAGGGAUCAGCAGCUGAUAUAGCAAAAAGUGCUAUUUUACGAAUGGAAAAAAAUAUAGUAAAAUAUCGAGAAAAAUUAGGUAUAGAUCCACAGUCUGUCCGUUUAGUUUUGCACUUACACGAUGAACUUAUAUUUGAAGUGCCCGAAGAAAAGGCUAAGAAAAUUGCAAAAGUUUUAAGUAUAACUAUGGAAAAUUGCGUUAAACUUAAUGUGCCUCUAAAAGUAAAGCUAAAAAUUGGUAAAAGCUGGGGUGCACUUAAAGAAGUUAAAUUGUAAUUAUUGAUUGAUAUUUCUGGUUAAACAUAUUUUUUGAGACGGGAAUCUUUUAUGAGG